AAGGGUUGCACUAUAGCAACACUUUCCAAAACAAGCUGAAAUGUUCUCAGAUACGUUUCAGAACGGCAGCAAUAGUAUUGGACAACACAAACUAAAUCGGAGAUCCUUAACGGCUUACGGUGAUAUGUGAAAACAAUUGAAGCUUUUGAUGUAAGCAGAAAUAUGGAUUUUCGUAAUAUAUGUCCGAACGUGAAUAUGGACAGUAUACGAGCGGUAAUUCCACCACUGCCUGCUAUGCCAGCAGCAUUAUCUAAAAUUAAAUUACCAAAAUCGAUGGCGAAAUUAAAGUCGAGAAAAAUUUUUCGCAGUUCUAGAGAGGAUGUUCAACGUAGCAGUUCCAAGAAAAGUGUUUCCUCAAUUAGAGAGGCCCCGCCUAUACCGCCGUCAGGCUUUGUAAAUCAUACUCCUACGCGUAUUUCGACAAUUUCAUCUCUUAUGAAUCAAACGACCAGCGGUGGAAGCAUGGAAGAUGAUUACCAACGCAAUACUUAUCGGCGAGCAGGCAGCAUAGACGAUUAUCCAACACCGUUGAGUCAAAAAUCUGAACGACAUCAUCAUCGCAAAACAAUUAGCCCAUUAAAAGUGCCCGCUCGCACACCUGAACCGUCCUCGGAAUCACCGCAACCACCGAAAUUAUCUUUUACCGAAAAACUGCAAAAAGGUUAUCACGAUUUCUCUGAAUUCAAAUUGAAGCAUCUCUUCGUUAAGAAAACUGUGGUCCGUAGGGACAAUAUUGAAAUUGGCUAUUAUGUAGAUCGGUACGAAGAAGAUCGCGAGCGCGAAGUAAUUGAAGAGGCAGAAGAUGAUCGUAAAAUAGCUAAUAAUUAUGAAAUUAAAUUUCAAACAGCCCGGGAGGGAGCGGAAGAUUCAUUCGAGGAAAGCCCCGACGAAGGCUCGCCUGAUUUACAGCCUCACAUUAAAAGAAAGAAGCCGAUAAAAAGUGUCAGUGAGCAAAGCGGUGACGAAAGUGGUAUGGAAUUAACUCCACCUAAGCGCAGACCAGGUAUUGCAGCGACCAGAUUUGCCAGAGUUCGUAGCCCAGCUCUUAGCAUGUCCGAUGAGGAAAUCGAACUGCACGAUCUCAAUGAGGAGCCAGAGUUAUCAAAUAUAUCAACAGUAAAGAAAGGCGCAGAAAAGUCAAGUAAAGUGAAUGAAGAAAGCCCUGCAGCAACCGACCCUAAAAACGAAGACAAACAAAAACCUAAAGGCUUUAAAGAACGUAUGGAAACCCGCUUAUCGAAAUAUAAGGCUUCGCGAGAGAAUUUAGAUAAAGCAGAGGAUUUAAAUAAAGAAGACGAAGAAGAAGGGCAAGCAGGCAAAACGCCAAAUGCAGAGAAGCCUUUAUCAGCCAUUAAAGAGAACUUUAAACGCUUACAAAAAUCUAUUAAAUUACCGACAUCAAGUAACAAUAAUAAUAAUAAUAAUGCAGUUGCCAGCGACGCAAACGAGAAUGAAGACAACGAUGAGAGUAAUAAAACAAAGUUAAGUAAAACUCGACAGUUUACUGAACGUUUGAAACGUUUCCGCUCUGUAGACAAUGUAGAUAACGGAACAACAGAAAACGAUAAGGAGGAGGAGCAACCCACUCAUAUUAAAUCGACUAUAGCCACCAAAUUUCAAGAUCUUAAGAAAAGCCUUAAAAAGAAACCGUCUGUCGAUGUUGGUCAGACAGAUGAAGAACCGUCGCCACAACGAGAAAGCAAGCAUGGAGAUUCAUUAUUGGAAAAACUUAAACAUAUUCGUGCCCGUAAACAGCCCACUGGUAACGACGAUCCCGAUGACGAUGAAGAAGGUGGCGAAACUUACAAAGAGAGUUUCGCUGCCCGUGCUAAACUUCAAUUGGAGAAAGGUGUUGUUAUAGCCAGUCAAAUGCCUCAUAUUACCAAGAAAAAAUUGACCGAAACAAAACGCUACUUCCAUAGAUCCCCUAGUAAAGCUGACAAGAAAUCGGACAAAUCUAAUGAGAAUAAAAGGGACGAAGACGAAGCGGAAGAAGAGUCACUUGAAAUUGAGGAUAAUACAAGCAAAGCUGUUGUUCCUCGAAGACGUUUUAGCGAAGUUAGCGAAAAUUACGAUGCCAAGGAGGAGUAUCUGCGAGAAAUCGCAGAAGGUCAAGAACAGAUUGCUGCUCAAAGUGCUACUGUAGCUUGGACUACUAAGCCAAUUAUCACUUCUUCAUUGGAUUUGGAAGACGAGGAGGAUAUUGCUGCCGAUUAUCCGAGAGUACUUAUACAUCAAGAUAAUUCAGAUACUUUUGAAUCAACUCUAAUAAUAGCAGUGACACGAUCUAGAACACAUACACCGACUCCCAUUAUAACCGAAUUACCACCAGACCCUCCGAGUCCGCCAACCAAAAUCGAAUCAAAAUCUGCGACCUCCGCCAACUCAAACUGGAUACCCAAUAAGGAUAUCAUUUCAAGUUUCUUAGAGAUGACGCCACCGUCGCAACGUAACACCCCCAAGGAGUUCAAUGUUAGCAACAUUCGGGAGAAAUUGAGUAGUCAAUCAAUAGACUCAAAUUCUGAUAGCGAUUUAUGGAUUAAUCAGAAAUUGAAUAAGAAAAAUUACCGAAAGGCUUCGGUAAUAGAAUUAAGCGCACCAGAAGACCAGGAAGAAGCUUGGAGAGUUAAAUCGUCGCAUGAAGACAACAAUAAAAUCUACAAAACUAAAAGUAUCGACAUAUUUGAGGCAAAUGCAAGAAGAGGAGGAGCACUAAAUGCUUUCGAAGAUUUCGAUGAUGAACUGAAAAAUACACCAGUUAUUGAAAUUAAACAUGAGCAAGAAAGAAAGCAAGAAAUUAUAUCACGACGCGAAAGAAAUAUAGAUUCUUUUGAACACGAUAGCAGUGAAGAAUUAGAUGCUGCCGAUGAUGACAAUUCGUCAAGAGUUACCAAAAUUUUGGUAAUAAACAAACGAGAUAAAAAUAUUAAGGAAGCUGACCGGAUUAUUAGAUCACAAGAACUCAGUUGUGAGAAAAACACAGCGAACGAUCUGUGCAUCAGAGAGUUAGAAGAUAUUGAACUUAAAAUUAAUGAACCAGACUUAUACGAAAGAAGCAACAGUGACGGCGAAAUGCAUAAUCAUCCGCUAUCCGUAACACCGUCUCGACCACCAUCAAUGUCUCCUCCUCCACCCCCUUUGCCGCAGCGCCAACCUUCAAUCAGAAUAAUCCAAACUGCUGUUAAAAAAGAUUGUUUACCUAGUUCGACAUCGACACCAUCAUCACCAUCACCAUCACCACCUCCAUCGUCAACAUCAUCGUCGUCAUCGCCACCACCACCACCACCGCCGCCACCGCCGCCAACAUUACCACAAAUAAAACCGCCAAUACCGCCCAAUAGACCAACGAAAAUGAAACCAUGCGAAACACCAGCACCAAAACCUCCCGAACCUGUUGCGUCCGUACCAAGAACAAGUAAACCUUUGGUUAAGACUUCAUCUUUGCGUCUAACCUACAACGAACAAGUGAAUCCCAAAGAUAAAGGCAAAGUUAAUAAACUUAUAUCGCGUUUCGAACAGCCAACAAGCGAAAGUAAACAGAGGCCACGUAUCAUACCAAGAAGACCGAUAAUUCAUCCUGACUCUAGCGAAAAUAGUGACGACGAAAUUGAAGAAAAACCGCUAUCCCAACGCAAUUUUGAUGAAUCUGAGCGCGACGUAACGCCAACUAAUCAACCAAUUAAAAUGACUAAAUCGCUCUCCAUUGAUUCGCCAGAUUUAUUAAAUCACAAUAUAGAAGAAGUGCAGAUAUUACCACGCAUGCGUAAAAUCGCUUCUGAUCGCAUAAAAACGGAAAAUCAUCCAACACAUUUGGAAAAACAUAUAUCAAUACCACAAAUUUCGAUAGCCAGUAAUCCGGAUAUUAAUUCCAACUUAAGCGGGCCCAAUUCGGAAUAUGGUUCACCUAUAACUUAUCCUUCCAGUUUAGUCAGUUCUACCGAAGCUACGCCAUUGUCAGUACGUAAGGAGCCAGACUUACUGCAAACACGACGUAGUCGACGUUCCAUGACACGUGACGAUGAACGCUUUUACUCAUUUGAUAGCGAUGAAGAAAAUAGCUACUAUUCAAUAAGUUCAACAAACAGUAGUCGUUACGUGGUGGAACUUUAAAUAGGCGACACGAUAUUCUAAUAUUAAGGGGGAGAAAACAAAUAAAUAACAAAGAAUUAUUAGAAGCCCUUCGAAUGUAUAAAUUGUGUGAAUGUGUAAAAGAGAGAAGAAAAUAUGAUAAAAGCGAACAUAAUUAUGAUAAAA